AUGAUGAUCACAAAUGUGAGCGAGAAUACCACUUAUGCAGAUUUUUAUCUCAACUAUCUUCUAAAUAAUCAAUUAUGCAUAUUUGAUUCUUGGCUUACUAAAGACUGGUUAGCAUGUUCUUCAUGGCGUAACUGUGAUGAUGAGGAUGACGGACACAUUGAUUUAGAUAACUUAUUUAAAUAUAUUUCAGAUAAAAAGUUAUGUGUAGCAGAUUGUUCUGUAAUUGAAUUCGAUACACAUCCUACACAGGAAAUCAGUGUUGAUGAUUUCUGUGUAUAUUGGAGAAAUAAAAUUCAAGGCAAAGAUGAUCGUAUUCUUUACUUAAAAGAUUGGCAUUACUUUAAGUGUAAUACAGAAAAUAAUCAAUGGUUCCUCUUGCCUAAAUAUUUUUCAUCGGAUUGGUUAAAUGAAUUUUGGGAAUUUCGAAAUGAUGUUACAGAUGACUUUAAAUUUGUAUACUUAGGCGUCAAAGGGACAUGGACAACGCUACAUGCUGAUGUAUAUCGUUCAUACAGUUGGUCUGCAAAUAUAGUCGGUCACAAACGUUGGUGGUUCUUCCCUCCUGGAGAAGAAAAGAAACUUCUAUUACCAAAUGGAAAGUUACCUCCUGAUAUACGUUCCAUUAAAAUAAAUAAAGAUGUAAAAUAUUACAUUAUUGAUCAGUAUUCUGGGCAAGUAGUUUUUGUCCCAUCUGGAUGGUAUCAUCAGGUUGUAAAUAUGACAGAUUGUAUUUCAAUCAAUCAUAAUUGGUUCAAUGCUACAAAUGUAAAUUAUGUUUGGGAUCAUUUAAAGGAUCAAUUAGAAGCUGUUGAAGAAUCAACUAAAGAUGUUUCCUCAAUUCCUGGAUGGCAUGAAGAAUGUCAAACGUGUUUACGUGCACUGGCUGGAAUAAAUUUCAAAGAAUUUUUCACCUUAUUGAAGUAUAUAUUGAUUACUCGUUGGCCAAGAAUUCAUCCUGAUGAUGUGAAUAAAUUUAUCAAGAAAUGUAAAUCAACACAGUAUACCUCCUUGGAUGAUAAUAUACUCGACAGUGUUAUGGAUUGUGAAUUAUCUGCUUUAAUUGAAACAGACUCGAGUAUAUUUUAUACUGUAUUGAAAAAUCCUGACCAUUGGAGAGAAUAUUAUGCAGUGCAGACUGUGUCUAAGAAUGAAGACGAUACAAUAAAAUGGAUACAUAUGCAUGAUUUUUGUGUUGUCAUACAAAUUAUUAAACAAUUUGUACAGCAUCGUAUUGUAAAAGCUCUUAAACUUUGUCAUAGUGUUAAUCAAUAUUCCCUUAAACCUAAUUUAUUUUCCUACUACUACUACUUGUCCAUUGAAGAAGAAGAAGAUAAAGUGAUGAAUUCAAAGUACGCUGGUGGAACAGUUCUAUCGCAUUUUUUAACUGAUGAAACUGGACCAAAUUGUGGUGAUUUUACAUUUAAUGAACAAGAUCUACUCUUAUUAUGUUGUCGUGAAAUUAAUUUAAAUGAUCAACCAGCACAAGUAAUGGUUAGUCAUCCUAAAAUUCCUGGUUUAUCAUGGAUUAUAUUUUUUUAUCAAACUGCACCAAAUCAAUAUCAACCUAGAAUAGCAUUUGAUUUUCCAAGUUAUUUAAGAGCUGAUUGUGAAAUUUGUAUCCAAUUUGCUGGUAUGCAUUGGGUUGUAAAGUAUAAAUUUGAAGGUAGUUCAUGGUUAACGUCUACAUUACCACCGAAAGCAAUGAAUGAACGUUGGGUUACAUUAGGUACAGUGAAAAAAGUUGAAAUACGCGUGAAUAUUACCAAGAUAUGGUUUAAAUUUCCAGUAUUUACAGCAUGUUGUCAUCCAGUGAAAACAAAACGUUUUGUUCGACAACCAGAUUUUACAAUGCCUGAUGAUUUUUCUGAUGUCCAGUUAUUACCACAAGAUCCAAAUAAUCGUCGAUUGUUUUCACAUCGUCAAGUAUUAGCAAUGAAUUCACCAUGGUUUGCUGAACGUUUUCAUAAUACAUCAGCAUUGAAUACAGGGGAUAUAGGCCCGAUUAUAUCUAUACCAUUUGAUUAUGAGACUGUAUUGAAUUUUUUAAAAUUUAUAUAUCCUAAUAGUGAUAUGGUGAUAACAGCAGAUAAUGUUGAAGGGUUGAUGGAUAUGGCAAAAGAGUAUCAAAUGCCAAAUGUGAUUAGAAAAUGUGAAAAAUGGAUGUAUAAAUUUAUGGAAGGUGGUUCAGCUGUAUUAUGUUAUUAUUUAGCACGGAAACAUGAAUUACCACAAGUACAAGAUGCUGCAUUACUUCAUUUAGCUGAAUAUAAUUCAUCACAGUUAAGAGCAAGAUUAAAUUUAGAUAUGAAAGGUAAAUCACCAGAUACACAUGAAGUGUUAUUAAGUGAUCUGUGUGUUCGACUUGCAGGAUCUUAG